AUGGUGGUGAAUGAAGUAAGACAAAAAUACUGGAUAAUUAAUUUGCGACCUACAGUCCGUACCGUUGCUUCCAGAUGCUUGUUGUGUCGUAUAAAAAAGGUUACUCCUAAACCAUCUAGAUUAGGUGACUUACCUGAAGCCAGAUUAGCCCAUCACCUAAGGCCCUUCACUCAUUGUGGCAUCGAUUUGUUCGGUCCUCUUGAAGUCACAGUAGGACGACAGAGACCUAAACGUUAUGGAGUGAUAUUCACCUGUCUGACAGUCCGUGCGAUACAUAUUGAAGUAGUGCCUUCGCUGACGACGGAUUCACUCAUCAUGGCUCUCAGAAGAGCAGCUGCACGACGAGGGUGGCCACAAUGCAUUUAUUCAGAUAACGGCACCAACAUGAGAGGGGCAGAUGCUGAAUUAAAGAAAGCCUGUGCUGAAAUUAUGAACAACGAUAUAGUCCAAUCAGAACUCGCACACAGAGGAGUAGACUGGCAUUUCAUACCGCCGGCUAGUCCACAUAUGGGCGGAGCCUGGGAGCGCCUCAUUCGCAGCGUGAAGUCUACACUUCGCGUUGUGCUGAAAGAAAGAGCGCCUCGUGAGGAAGUUCUUGUUAUUUUUCUCGCAGAAGUAGAGAAUAUGGUGAAUAGUAGACCACUGACUCACGUAUCGGUGGAUCCUAGGAGCCAGGAGACACUGACCCCUAACCACUUCUUGCUUGGUUCCUCGUCUAACUUACCUGUGCUCGGUGACUUCGACGACAGUGACCUUUACCUGCGCCGUCAAUGGAGAGUAGCUCAAAGGUUGAGUGAUAUGUUCUGGCAGCGAUGGCUGAAAGAAAUAUUACCUGUGCUGUUGCCGCGUCAAAAGUGGUACCACGAUGAAGAUUCAGUCCGUGUAGGAGACUUGGUUCUUGUAGUGGACCCGAACUUACCUAGAUACAGCUGGCCUGUAGGAAUUAUAGAAGCUGUAUAUCCUGGAAAAGACGGGAGAGUGAGGGUCGUGGACGUGAGAAGCAACCGGGGCGUGAUGAAGAGACCGGUGACACGAGUGGCACCGUUUCCGCGAGUUGAUGAGUGUCGCGACACCGACACUAGGGGGGAGGAUGUAAGCGACGCACCUCGCACCUCGUAA